AAAGAAAAAUAAAGGGGUGUUCUAUAGGGUUCUUGUGAGUAGUCUUGCAGUUUGCAACUGGAUACUUCGGAGAUGGAGUUCGCUGAUCGUGCUUGAGUUUUGCGGUGGCUAUUUUGUCGCAGUUCGCAGAGGAUCGACUUCGCGGUGCUGUUAUAGAGAAUAGUGAAACAACCCAAGAAGAGGUGGUUUUAAAUGGUAUUAGUUUGUGAGAGGUUAAGGAAAAUGGAUUUUCGCAAAUUCAGCGUCAAACGUCAUUGUUUACCGUGGCAGCUCCAACUCGUUGUCUCUACUCUUCUGUUAUUAGCAGUUAGUUCACUUGGAUCUCCUAUUGAAACUCGCAAAACUGGCAGAUCAUCUGUAUUCUCACUUUUUAACCUCAAAGAGAAGAGUCGAUUUUGGAGUGAGGAUGUUAUACACAAUGAUUUUGAUGAUUUAAAGUUUUCAAGCCAUGGCAAACUAAGCGUAUUUAAUUAUACCAAUGCAGGAUUAUGAGCUAUGCUAAUUGCUGACUUAUUAUCACAGUAGAGCUUCAUCAGUCCAUCCCAUGUAACAUUGCUAACUAUCUAAAGCUUCAGGAAGUUGAUUCCAUCCACCUUCCAGUUCCUAUGAAUUUUAUAUUUAUAGGAUUUGAAGGGAAGGGCAGCCACGAAUUCAAGCUUCUUCUAGAAGAAAUUGAGCGUUGGUUUACAAAAAUUGAUCAUGUCUUUGAACACACUCGGAUUCGACAUGAAGAAGUUCUAAUUCCAUUUUACAAAACCAACAUGGAUAAAAUGCGAUGGCACCAGCUUCCUGUUGUCAGUCACAUAAAUUACAACUUUUCUGUUCAUGCUAUUGAAAUGGGAGAGAAGGUUACUUCCAUAAUUGAGCAUGCCAUAAAUGUGUUUGGCCGCAAGGAUGAUCCAGUUGGGAACCGGAACAAUAACGGUGGUGGUUGGCAAGUAGAUGUGGACAUGUUAGAUGGUCUUUUGUCUAGCCUGGUUGAAUACCUUCAACUUGAAAAUGCAUAUAAUAUUUUUAUUUUAAAUCCCAAGCGUGAUGAGAGGAAACCUAAAUAUGGGUAUCGGAGAGGUUUAUCUGAGCCCGAAAUAAACUUGCUAAAGGAGAAUAAGAGUUUGCAAAUGAAGCUUCUUCAGGCAGAAAGCUUUCCUGAAAAUAUUCUUGCUCUUACUAAGAUUCAGCGACCGUUGUAUGUAAAGCAUCCAAUGAUGAAAUUUUCGUGGACAAGGACCGAGGACACUGAUAUUAUGGAAUGGUAUAAUAUGUGGCUUGAUUCACUAGAUAAUUUUGGGAGGUUGUAUGAAGGGAGAGACACAGCUGAGAUCAUUGAGGCCAAAGCUUUACAGUUACUAAAAGGGAAGGAUCAAGACCUGAAGCUCCAUCUGGAAAAAGUAUUAAAAUCUGGAGACUUCAGUGGUUUUCAAGCAGAAUGUCUCACAGACACAUGGAUAGGAAAGGACAGAUGGGCAUUUAUUGAUUUGAGUGCAGGUCCCUUUUCAUGGGGACCUGCUGUUGGUGGAGAAGGUGUGCGUACAGAAGCAAGUUUACCAAGUGUGGAAAAAACGAUUGGUUCUGCUUCAGAAAUUUCAGAAGAAGAAGCUGAAGACCGAUUGCAAGAUGCUAUUCAGGAGAAAUUUGCUGUAUUUGGUGAUAAAGAACAUCAGGCCAUUGAUAUUCUUUUAGCUGAGAUUGAUAUAUAUGAGCUUUUUGCUUUUAAACAUUGCAAAGGAAGGAAAGUCAAGCUUGCUCUUUGUGAAGAACUCGAUGAGAGGAUGCGGGAUUUGAGAAACGAGCUACAGUCAUUUGAAGGUGAAGAGUAUGAUGAAAGUCAUAAGAAAAAAGCCAUAGAGGCUUUGAAACGGAUGGAGAGCUGGAAUCUAUUCAGUGACACAUAUGAGGAGUUCCAAAAUUACACAGUUGCACGUGAUUCUUUUCUUGCACAUCUAGGUGCAACACUGUGGGGAUCGAUGAGACAUAUUGUGUCACCUUCGGUUGUUGAUGGUGCCUUCCAUUAUUACGAGAAGAUAUCCUUUCAGUUGUUUUUCAUGACCCAGGAGAAAGUUGGGCACAUUAAACAGCUUCCUGUGGAUAUGAAGGCUAUAAUGGAUGGGUUUUCCUCAUUGAUGGUUCCUUCUCAGAAACCAAUGUUCAGUCCGCACGUGUUGCCUUUGUCGGAGGAUCCUGCCUUAGCAAUGGCCUUUGCAGUUGCACGACGAGCAGCUGCUGUGCCUUUACUGCUUGUCAAUGGAACCUACCGAAAGACAGUUCGUACAUAUCUUGAUUCUUCUAUUCUACAGUUUCAAUUGCAAAGGCUGAAUAAGCAUGGUUCUCUUAAAGGAAGCCAUGUGCAUUCCAGGUCUGUGCUAGAGGUUCCAGUCUUUUGGUUCAUUUACAGUGAACCACUAUUACUAGACAAAUAUUUUCAGGCAAAAGCACUGUCUGACAUGAUUAUUGUCGUACAGUCAGAGCCCUCUUCCUGGGAAAGCCAUCUACAUUGUAAUGGGCAUUCACUUCUGCUGAACUUGAGGCAGCCUAUAAAAGCUGCAGUCGCUUCUACUGCUGAGCAUCUUGCUGGUUUGCUUCCCCUUCAUCUUGUUUAUGGACAGGCCCACGAGACUGCAGUUGAGGACUGGUUAUGGUCAGUAGGGUGCAACCCUUUCUCCAUUACAUCACAAGGAUGGCACAUUUCACAAUUCCAGUCUGAUUCAAUUGCUCGAAGUUAUGUCAUCACUACCCUUGAAGAAUCAAUUCAACUGGUUAACUCUGCCAUUCAUCUUCUGCUAAUGGAACGAACUACUGAAAAAACAUUCAGGAUCUUCCAGUCCCAGGAGCACGAGCUUGUUAACAAGUACAAUUAUGUUGUUAGCCUUUGGAAAAGGGUAUCAACUGUCACUGGAGAAUUGCACUAUGGUGAUGCAUUGAGGCUACUAAACAACUUGGAGGAUGCAUCCAAGAGGUUUGUUGAUCAAGUUAAUGUGACUCUUGCCCUUCUCCAUCCAAUUAACUGCACAAGAGAGAGAAAAAUACAUAUGGUGUUUGAUAUGACAACAAUUCCAGCUUUUUUGAUUGUUCUAGGGUGCCUUUUUAUGGUAUUGAGGCCAAGGCGACCAAAACCCAAGAUUAAUUGAGCUUGAAGCUACCAUAAUGAAUUUUAAUUAAAGUAAGGAUUAUUCAAGGGUUUUCAAUGUUGGAAAGUUCAAGUUUGGUGGUAAGGAUUUACAAUCAUUUUUAUGAUAGAGAUGGACGUAAGACGUAUAUAAUUUUUUAGGAUUUUAAGGUUGUGUUGGUUAUGGAUAGUGCCCCAGCAAAUUUAGUUUAUACAUGGUUUUUUAAUGCGUCAACUUUUUCUUAUGAUAGACGUACAUAAUGUUGGAAAGUUUAAGUUUGGUUGUAAGGAUUUACAAUCAUUUUUAUGAUAGAAGUACAUAAUUUUGUAGGAUUUUAAGGUUUUGUUGGUUAUGGAUGGAUAGUGUGCCGGCAAAUUUAGUUUAUACAUAAUUUUUUAAUGCGACAA